CUGUCACAGAAUCAUAACCUUUCAAGAAGUUUUCGUCAAGCAGCAAAUGCAUUCAGCGGAAUCUUUUUUCUCUAUUUUGUUGCUAACUAUACUUUAUGUUAAAAUUUAGUGAACAUUUUGACUAUUUUGACGCUGUAAAACGUGGAAAAGGGCCAGACUCACAGCUGACUACAGACGGGUGCUCCUGAUCGGAAGUGGCACCUCUCCUAUGGACGACUGGUAACCUGAGGUGCCUGUCUGGGGGAUGUUGUGAAGGGCUGUGCUUUGCCAGAGGAGCACGGGACUCUGAAGGAGAGCCCAGAGAGGAGCGACAGAGGGGACAUCUUUAUGCGUCUGUGAGAGGGCGUGCGAGGGAGAAAACUGUCAUAAAGAUGCUUUACAGAAUAUCUCCGUUUACUGUGAGCAUACUGGUGGGGAGCUGACCGCCUCAGGGGUACAGAAGAAAGGUUGUGGUCCAGGAAGAUGACUCAGGUUAACCAGAAGCUACCUGACCUCGGUGCUCCAUUCCUGUACAGCACACAGGAGGAGGUCGAUCAGGGAGGAUCCUAUUCUGUCCAAACUCCCUACGGCUUCCAGCUGGACUUGGACUUCCUCAAGUAUGUGGAGGAGAUUGAGAGCGGUCAUAACUUCCGUCGGGCCCUCGUUAACCCUCGACGAGGAUCACGGGGCACCAAACUCUCCCAGCGGAGUCCCGGGGGAGGGGGCCGCGCCAGUGGGUGGACGUCCACGGAGUCCCUCUCCUCCGUAGCCAGCGAGGACGGGCGGGUUCCCCCUCUGCCUCCGCCGCGGAACCGCAUCGCCUCGGCGCCCUCCGAAAUGCACCUGCUCUCGCCGGUGGCCGUCCUCAGCCCUCCGCUCUCUGCUGGGCCUCUGAAGGUGCCCCCGCCGCCCCCGGCGAGAAACCCCAGGGUGGAGAAGACUCUCCUGGAGACCAGUCGCCGCCUUCAGCAGGAGCAGAUGCAUCUCCAGCACGGGCCGCCGUUCCAGCUCGCCGACCCUCCCAAAGCGGGUCCAAGAGAGCCAGUACGGGCGACCAGCAUAUCGGCCUCUUCCCAAAUCUCUCCUGCCGGCUCUUUCGCCCAAGAUGGCCACCCCUUACGCCCAUCGUCCGCCUCUCCCAGCCCCUCUCAAAUCAACUGGAACAGGGUCAGUCCUCACACCUCCGGCAGGAGCACCCCGGCGUCUGGAAUGGCGCAGCUCACGCCGGGACAGCUCCAGACCGUGCGGGAACAGAUGGCGGCGGCCCUGCGGCAGCUCAAGGACAUGGAGGAACGAGUCAAGGGGGUCCCCGCUCUGGAGAGAGAGGUGGCCAGGCUUCGCGCGGAAAAGGACCGACUGCUUGUGGAACUGCGAGAGAAGACCGCGGUGGGGACGAACGACAGGCAGCAGCAGCAACAGUCUCCGGCUUCAGGGAACGGCGCCGGAGAGAGAGUGGUGGCGGCAGAGGGCCCAGGACGCUCAACCCCGACUCCUGGUCAGGGAAGGCCCAGCAAGCUGGUGGAGCUGAGGAGACUGACGGAGAAGCUUGGAGGCAAGGAUGAGAGAGACGGCGAGCAGCCAGAGAAAGUUCCGGCGCCGGAAAAGGUGUCGGUGGAGAGAAAGUCCGUGGCUGUCGGGGACGACCUGCCCCUCGAGGACGGCGUGUUUUACCGCCGUCAGGCCAUGAAGGAGAAGGCCGUGAACACGUCCGUGGAGGUCUGCGAGAAAGGUGUCGGGACGGACGCGACGGCCACGUCUGAGGUGGGCGUGGAGGCCAAGGCGGAGACCGAGGACGCCUCGGUCUGGGUGAUGGAGUCGUUGCUUGGACUGACGAGUGAGGCGGAGAGGGAAAUCGACACCCUGCAGGACACCAUCAGGUUCCAGCAGGAGUCCAUACAGGUCCUCGAGGGCCGACUCAGUCAGGCCGACCAAGAGCUGGAAGACCUGCGAGCUCAGGAGGAGCAGAGGAAGUCCAGGGUAAUGGUGGAGAAGGAGGUUCUGGUCAAACCGGAGACGGCCAACGCCGAAGUGGAAACCGAACCCUCCGAUCUCGGUGCCCCGGCAGACGGGAGUCUGGAGAAAUGUAUAGACACGCAAAGUGUGGCGGUUGAGUGCUGUCCUGAGGUUGUAGAUGUGGGUGUGGGUCAGGACCUCAGGCCUCAGAAGAGUGACCAGGGCACUCAGACUGACCCCGAGGAGAGUGUCAAGGAAACAGCCCCAGCUGCGGUGACCAGCACUGGUAGCCAGUGGGAGAGCCAAUACGAAGAGACAGAAAAAGCGGUUGAACAUAAACCACCAGUCCCUGCACUGAAGAGGAGACAGAUGACCAUCACUGAGUGCGCCGUCCUGCCUGCCACGGACCCAGAAGAAAGAGAAAGCUGUGAAGAAGGGCCUGUGCCUAGCAGUCCGGCUGUUGGUAUGCUGAAAUCCAUCAUGAAGAGGAAGGAUGGGAGUAGUCCCGGAGAGGCUCACAGUGGCAAUAAGAAAAGCCUGCAGUUUGUAGGAAUCCUUAAUGGCGGAUACGAAUCGACCUCAAGUGAAGAAGACGACGAGGAAGAUCAAGACGGCAGCUCCUCGGAGGGCAGUGGGGCAGGUGACGGUUCUGACAGCAGUGAAGACGAAGAGGUGGUUCAGGAAGAGACGUCGGAUGAAGAGAGGAACAUCAAUCUGGAUGAGAGUGACACCGACGUGGAGGAUCGAGCUGGAGCUGAAGAUGAAGAUGCUGAGGAAGACGAGGAAGUGGUGAAAGAGAAGUUUGAGCUGAGUUUGAAAAUGCGUGAGGCCUGUCUCAUUCUGAAGAACCACCUCAAUGACGAUGCCACAGCCCUGAAGAGUAAAGAAGUGCUCUCCAGCACGCACUCCGUGCAGUUGGAGUGGUUCCGCGUGUCCAGUGCCAAGACGGCCCAGCCGUCCCGCGUGUCGGAUUACCUGAUGGCUUUUUCGGAGGUGUCCCCGGCCCUCCUGGCGCACGUGGUCAACAUGACCGACGGCAACGGCAACACCGCCCUGCACUACAGCGUCUCGCAUUCCAACUUCACUGUGGUCGGGCUCCUGCUGGACACCGGUCUGUGCUGUGUGGAUCAGCAGAACAAGGCUGGAUACACAGCCAUCAUGCUGGCCGCAUUAGCCUCCGUAAAGGAGGAGAAGGACAUGAAGGUGGUUAAGAAGCUGUUCAGCCAGGGCAAUGUGAAUGCCAAAGCCAGCCAGGCGGGGCAGACGGCGUUGAUGCUGGCGGUGAGCCACGGCAGGCAGGAGAUGGUGCAGUCGCUGCUGAAGUGCGGCGCCAGCGUGAACGUGCAGGACGACGAGGGCUCCACCGCCCUCAUGUGCGCCAGCGAGCACGGCCGCACCGAGAUCGUCUCCCUGCUGCUGGAGCAGCACGACUGCGACAUCUCCGUCAUGGACAACGAUGGCAGUAACGCUCUUUCUAUUGCCCUGGAGGCCUCCCACAAUGACAUCGCUGUGCUGCUCUACGCCCACAUGAACUACUCCAAGAUUCAAGCAGCUGCAACACCCAAGGCUCUCCCAAGAAGCCCUUCAAGUCCCCAGAAGAUUUGACCUGCAGCAAGUUAUUGUCGAAAUGGAAGAGCAAGGAUAACUGGAUAUGAACUGAAGGAGCACCAUGCUAGCUCUACUGGAAAACUUAACUGUUUCUAUAUAAAAAUAUGUAUUUAUAUAAUGUCAUAAUUCAUAUACUCUUAAUCAGUUAUCUGCCAUAAAUACAUUAUACUGGUAUUAUAUACUGUACUAAUCAGUUUCUCACCUAAUCCCUCCAUUUUCAAUAGAAUGCUGAAUCAAAAUUGUUUUUAUUGCAUUUAUACAGUUAAUUUCUUAAAAACAUAUCUUCUGCUCUUGAUAUCGAUUUUCUCAUUGAGGCUACAGAAGAAUGUACUGCUGAACAAACCAUUUGCACACAUUUACUGGUUAAGAUCUAGGAUUUGUAUUUCCAAGCAAUUUUUCUUGUCUAAAAUGUAUAAGGCCAAAGACCGCAAGUAUAAUUCUGCACUGUUUGUGAAGUGUAUAAUCGUGUUUCUAUUUUUAUUAAAAAUAAACAUUUAUUUACUUACAUA